AUGAUCAGGCUUGCUUUAUCACUUUUUCUCACCAACCUUGAGAUACCAAUAGUGACUACUUCCUUGGUAGCGAUUACCAACGAUUUAGGUCAAUUUGACAAGAUUGAAUGGGUUAUCUCAAGCUACCUAUUGGGUUACGUAGGAGUGCUUGUUAUACUCGCAAAACUAAGUGAUAUCUUUGGUCGGAAGCUUCUGCUAAGUUUAUCCAUAUCACUUUUCAUCAUCUUCUCUGCCGGAUGCGGCGCUGCUCAGUCAUUGGCGCAAUUAAUAAUUUUCCGUGCGUUCCAAGGCAUCGGUGGUGCCGGUUGUUUCUCUCUUGCGACUGCGAUGAUGACAGAGCUUGUACCGCCCGAAACGUAUUCCAAAUACGUCGCAAACCUCAGCACAGUCUAUGCGCUCUCACUUCUCUGUGGACCAAUUCUUGGUGGUGCUAUCAGCUCUCGAGCAUCGUGGCGAUGGAUCUUUCUCAUCAAUGUGCCAGCUGCUGCUCCCGCUUUAGCAUUGGCAAUCUUUGCUCUCCCAAGUAAUUUUCCCUUUCACGGUAAUGCAAGCCGUCCACGUAAAACUGCCCGAGAACUUCUUUCAAAAGAGACCAUGAGACGGGUUGAUUUUCUUGGAGCAUUUCUACUUCUUCUAGCAUCUUUGUCUCUUACAGCAGCCUUCGAGGAGGCUGGGUCGCGGUACCCUUGGAAAUCGGCUUAUGUUAUCACCCUUCUCGCAGUCUCUGGCGUCUUGUGGACUUUACUCUUGAUAUGGGAAUGGUAUAUUACGAUCAAAGGUGUCUAUGUUCAGCCUGUUCUUCCGUGGCGAUUCAUGGUCAAUCGAGCAAUGCUCAGUUUAUUACUCAACGCCGUUUUUCUUGGGGGCCCUUGGUUUGUAGCCAUCUUCCAGCUGCCGCAGAGAUAUCAGAUAGUACAUGGAUCAUCAGCUCUUCGGGCCGGCAUUCAGACAAUGCCAUUCACAUUCGCCGCGCCUGUUGGCUCUGCAUUGUCCUCAAUGUGGUCCAAACGGCUCAAAACGCCAGGAGUCUAUACUGUGAUUGUUGCAGCAGUGCUGCAGACAGUUGGUUUCGCACUACUUGCAUCUUUACCGACGGAGUCACAGAUAUCGUCCCGUGCCUACGGAUAUCAAGUUAUUGCUGGUUUUGGUUGCGGCAUCAAUAUCUCUACAUUGCUAUUAAUUGUACCAUUCGUGGUGAACUAUAAGGACAAAGCUGUAGGAAUGGCAGCAGUCUCACAGUUGAGAGUUAUGGGAGGAGCAAUUGUGCUUGCAAUUGCGACUUCCGUUUUCAAUAGCCAUACUCGAUCGAGAACAGAAGAGAUCCAACAGAUGACACAUGUCAGUGGCUCGCCGAUUGCACCUGCACAACUAUUAGAUUUAAUCGAUGAGCCAUCCAAGGAGAAGAUCAAAAGUAUCCUUGCACAUGGUUAUAAUCUACAAAUGUAUGUGUUGUGUGGUUUUGCCGUUGCGCAGACGCCCACAGCACUACUUCUAUGGAGAGCCAAACAUAUUCAGGUUUAG